UGCAGCUAUUGCAAUAUUGUUGUUAGAGUAUUACCGAUCCAGCAAUGUUCGUAUGCCCCGUAUGACAUCCAAUUUUAUUGAGGAUAAAUUGGUAGGUGAGAUGCUUUCUGGACAUCCAAUAACAUUUAACAACAUAUUUCGAAUGAGUGUACCAAUUUUUAUAGAUCUCCUGCACGAGUUAUCUAUUAAUCACGACCUCCAAAGUUCUUCUAGAACGGCGGCAAGGGAGGUGUUGGCUAUAACCCUAUACAUUGUCACAUAAUGAAUCUAUUAGAUGUGCUAUGGAGAGAUUUCAGCAUUCAUCGGAAACAAUAAGUCGUUACUUCUCCGAAGACAUACAUGCACCUGUUAGCUUGGUAGCUCAAAUCGUUAAACCAAAGUAUCCAUCAUUUGCUAGUACUCCAGGGAAAAUUGUCAACGAUCCCCAUUACAUGCCUUAUUUCAAAAACUGCAUAGGUGCAAUUGACGACACUCACGUAGAUGCCCGAUUACCCAACCAGGACAAGGUGGCGUACAUUGGUCGUAGUGGUUUAACUACUCAAAAUGCAUUGACGGGAAUUACUAUUUGGUUAAUGUUGGAUAUCCUAUGCAAAGGAGCUACCUGAAGCCAUAUCCAGACACUAGAUAUUAAAUUCCUGAUUUUGAGCGAGUAAGUGACACCAUCCGUGACAGGAAAGAAAUGUUUAACAAACGUCACUCCUCUUUAUGCGGGGUAAUUGAAAGAACGUUUGGUGUUUGAAAGAAGAAAUGGGUCAUCUUACGUGAUAUGCCGUCGUAUCCAUUUCAAAAGCAGGUGCAUUUUGUGGUGACAACAAUAACACUUCAUAACUUCA